AUGGGUGAUUUAGAUAUUGUGCAAGAUCUACUUCGGCGAGGCGCCGAUAUCAAGGCAUUGUCAAUUCACGAAGAGACGCCUCUUGUUCGGGCUGUCUUGUUCACAAAUAACUAUGAAAAGCGCACAUUCCCGGCUCUGCUGGACUUCUUGCUUGACACAAUUUCGUUCCGUGAUUGGUUCGGUGCAACACUUUUCCACCAUAUUGCCGAAACGACCCGGAGCAAAGGCAAGUGGAAGAGCUCCAGAUACUAUUGUGAAGUCCUAUUGGACAAACUGUGCAAAACUUGUUCACAGGACGAGAUCGAUCUGCUGCUAUCAUGCCAGGAUGACAACGGCGAUACAGCGGCCCUUGUAGCCUCCCGCAAUGGUGCCUUCCGUCUCGUGAAUAUGCUUCUCACACACUGCCCUCGAGCUGGUGACUUGAUGAAUAAGAAGGGAGAAACGACCAAUAGCAUCACCCAACGCUCUCGCCAUAAUGAACAUGAUAUUCCUCCGGCCCCGUCAUCAGUGACAAUGAUGAAUGAUCAAUUGGAUGGCCCCGGAGCGGACCUCUUGAACUCGGACCAUAAUACCAUAGUGCCUCCUGUGGAUUCUGGCGUCACGUCUGAGCUGCUCACGAAGAUAAGCACAAUCAUGUCGGAGGCAAAUAAGAAGCUUGCUGUGACCUACGGCAAUUCCAAAAUUAAUCAACAAGACUCAAAUGACAUUGCGAAUCCCGAGGCGCUUUUUGACCAGCUCGAGUCCGAUCGUCAGAAGAUACAGAGGCAACUGGCCGCGAUGACCGCAAAGGAGGCCGAGUAUGAACCCAGCAACCACCAACUUGGAAGAUAUGAGAAAUUGCGGGCUAGCUACGAGUCAUUACUUGAACAGACACAGCAUGCCCGUCUGAUACAACAAUUGCACACCAGCGCUCCUCCCGACAUGCUGCAGUCAGACCCCUCCACGCUGACUUCGGAGGAGCUUUUGGCUCGUUAUCGACUCGCACGCGAGUUGUGCGCCGCGCAGAAGACGCGUCGAGGCACGGUCAAAGAUCUGGCCCAGCAAACAGCGGAUGCAGGUGUAAGUACCAAAUUCGACGUGCACCGUAAGCUGGUGGCCCUCGCCACUGGACUCAAGGAGGAGGAGUUAGACCCCAUGGCGGCUGAGCUAGCGGAGACACUUGAGUUUGAUCGGAUGAAUGGCAAGGGAGUAUCCCCCGAGCCCGAACACCGUCGAUUGCCCUCUCAGAACGAAUCAGCCACUCUUCCUCCAGGAGCUGGUGUGGCUGUAGAUGCGUGA